AUGGAGUAUUCGGCUGGAGGUGAUUUGAAUACGCACAUAAGUAACGGGGCGUCUGAAGAACCAAGAGCAAUUUUCUAUGCCGGUUGCAUUGUUUUGGGCCUACAAUAUUUACACGGAAAUAGUAUCGUUUAUCGGUGUGUACAAUGUUAACAUCAUUUUUAUAAUCUGUAACGUUGUUAUUAAGACGGUUCAUUAUUACGUUCAUUAUUUGUCGGUGACUUAAAAUUAGAUAACUUACUGUUGGAUACUGAUGGGUACGUCAAAAUAGCGGAUUUCGGCACUGGCAAAAGAGAUGUGGAUUUUGGCGAUCCGACCGCGACGUUCUGCGGAACUGCCGAAUACAUGGCUCCUGAACUUAUUACCGAAACGUCCUACACGCGUAGUGUAGAUUGGUGGUCUUUUGGUAUACUGAUAUAUGAAAUGUUUGUCGGGGAGGCAAAUAUAUUUUGGAUAUUAAUGUGUAACAUAACACCGUAA